AUGUUCAAAAUGAUGAUAAUUCUUCAUACUCUUGAAAUAUUAGAAAUCUGCUCCACGAGCAUUGAUGUCGAAAGACAGCUACGUGAAAUGCGUAACACCAAUAAAAUGCAAGAAAGGGAAAUUUCUAAGCUGAAAAAAGAGACCAAGCUCUUACGCGCUGACAUGACUAAAUGUAUGAUGAAGUCAUGUAAAGUUCAAAGCGUUAAGGACGGUUUUAUGAAUCAGAAAAUCGUAGAUGGAGGAGAUGAAGAGAGGAGCCUUGAAGAAAAACAACUGGAAAAUUUGUCGAUCUCUAAUGCGAAAGUUAGAAACACCAGAUCUACCAGUAACAUUAUUGCAUUCUAUACCUACCUUUCUCAUCCAAUACCAAAUCCAAGCAUCCACCACACCUUAGUGUUUGAUAUAGUAAAACAAAUUUGGGUGGAGGAUACAACAAAUACAGCGGCGUGUUUUCAGCUCCAACUUCAGGGGUAUAUGUUUUCAUUUGGACCAUCUACACUGGAGAUAGAGGGAAAACUAAAUACAGAGUCUACGUCAACAAUGACGAGGUCAAUUAUACCUUAGGUGAGACGGAUGAAGCCGCUGACUUUGAUUCGGAUACCGGAACAAUGGUGGUGCCACUUAACACGUCUGAUAGUGUGUAUAUUCGAGCUGCAGCAACGUGUACAACAUACGUAAUGAACUUUCGGGAUAACAACUUCAGAACAACAUUUACUGGUUGGAAUCUAAAUUGAUGCUGUUAAGAGGUUU